AUGAAAGAUAAAGCUCAAUUUCAGUAUUUAUCAAUUUUAAAAGUGCUUAUUAAUUUAUUUUUUAUUGAAUAUCAUAAUGAUCUAAAAAGAUUAAUUCAUCAAUUAGUUGGUUUUCUUUUAGAAAAUUAGAUUUAUAAAUUUGAAUAUUAUAUAGAAUAAGUCAUUAAUUAAAAUAAAUAAGAAGAACAAUAAUUUAAAUAAUGUAUACAAAAGGUGUAGUUGUUAGAAAUGUCUGUUUAAUAAGGUUAAGAUGAAUUAUUAAAACAUAGUAAAAAUAAAUCAAUACUUUUUUUAUUUGAAUUGUUUACUACCAAACUUGAAUUUCAUGCUUAAAAUUUAUUAAAUUUUAUUAGAAAUCUAAUCUAUACUAAUGAUAAAGUAGUAAAUAAAGAUGAUAUCAUACAAUAUAUAUCUUUAACUGAAAAUUUUGAUCAAAAUAUUGAUUAUCUUUACUUUAAAUUAGUCUUCUAUUUUUGGAUUUAGUACAUUCUUAAAUUUAACAUUAAUGAAAACAUAGAAGAUAUCGAAAAAAGAUUAUCUAAAUCUUUAAAGAAGUAGACAGUAUUAGAAUAUGGCAUAAUAAAUUUCAGAUCUUAAUACAAUGAUAGAAUUUACAAAUAUGUGAUUAACAAAAUAAUUUAUUAUAACAUUAAGUAAGAUGAUGAAUUUAUUAAAGCUUAUAAGUAAUAAGCUUAGUAGGAGUAAGUAUUUAUUAAUAUAUUUGAAAAAUUAGGAUAGUAAAAUAUCGAAAUUCUUAUAGAAAAGUAAUUAAAUGAAUCCAAAAGCAUUUCAAAUAAGCUAAUGUUCUAUUAAUUUUAAAGAUAAAAUUAAAAUAAAUCAAUUCACUUUUUCAAAUUUUUAGCAAUAAAUGAUACAUUUGAUAAGUUUGAAAUUAUGCGGUAAUGUAUUAAAGAUAGUGUUAAAUUUUUUGAAUAAUAAUAAUAAUUCGAUUCACUCUCUCAUUAGCAUCAGAUUAAUCUACUUUAUCUUGAGUAAGCUUUAAAGAAUAAUACAUAAUUAAAAAUGUCAAGAGUUGUUAAAUAAAAAGAGAUUUUUAGUAAAUACCCAAAAUAAUUAAUGAUUUAAAUGGAAGAAUUUAACAUUUCAUUAACAUCACAAAUGGAUAUAGAAUUAACUGUUUAAGAAUGGUUAAAAAAUAGAGGAGAUAAAACCAAUUUUAAGAAAUUGCUUCCAUAUUAUUUUAAUAUUAUAAAAAGAGGAGAAUCUCCAGAAGAUUUUUUAGCCUUAAUUAACAAGAAUAUCAUUAAAACAAAAUAAAAUAACAAUAAUGAAACAUUCAACUUAAAAUCCUUAUUUUAAUUACUUUACAAUAAUUCAGAUAAAGAACUUCAAGUGAUGUUAUUAAAAAUACACUCAAAAAAUUAUCCUGUUCCAUUACUUUAUCAAAAUCCUUAAUUAGAAAAUAAUAUAAACUCAAUUUUAGACUAUUAUGUAUUUAACUCAAAUAUUUAUUACUUAUUAUCUAAUGAUUUUACAAUUAUUAAUUGUUGUUUAAGUAAAAAUGUAAAUUAAUUUGGGAAAUCUGAAUUAAUGAACAUGAUAUUUUAUGAUGAUUUUAAAGAUUUAAAAUUUGAAGUUUCUGAUUCAUCUUCUAUGAAUUAGAAUUCGAUAGAUUGUUAAUUUGAUUUUUCUUUUAAUGGUAGCAGAAAUUAUUUAGUAGCUGAUGUACAUGGUUAGUUGGAAGAUGAAAUAUAUGUAAAAUUGCUCCCUUUUUUUAAACUUUGGAUAAUUUAAAUAUAAUCAGAAAAUUAAUUUGAAGAAAAUUUAGAUAAAUUGAUAGAUUUGCUUAAGAAAACUAGUUUAAAACCUAAAAUUAUUCUUAUUAUAAGAGACUCAGAACUACAACAACUCAAUAAAGAUAAAUUAAGUAUGCUAUAGCAAUAAAGUUUAAAUAUUAAAAUCCAUUAGAUUCCAAAUCUAUCAAAAUUGGAGAAUAAGGCUAUAAUAAUAGAUGAAAGAUAAAAAAUAAAAGAAUUUAUUGUAUAAAUGAUAGAUAAUUAAAACAAAGAAGUUAAUGAAAAAGAGUUACAGAAAUAAUUUUUAGAAAUCUGCAAAUCCUUUAAGAAAGUAUAAGAUAAAAAUGAUAAUUCUGAAAUGAUUAUUAAUAAUCUAUCAAAAGAAUUAGAAAAGAUGAUAAAAGAGCGCGAUGGGUUUUAUUCUAUUGAAGCAUUUCCAUUAAGACAUCUAUAAUGGCGAAUGUAAUGCUACAAGAAAUAAAAAUAGGAAUUAAACUAUAAAAAAAUUUAAUAUGAAUAAGAAUUAGAAAAAAAACAAAAUGCUAUAAAUAAUUUGAAAAAAGAAAAUAUUGAUUUUGAAUCAAUAAGUGAAAAAGAAAAUGAAAAAGAGUAGAUUAACUAAAACAUUAAAUAAGCUUAAUAAGAAUUACAAUAGAUUAUAUUGAAAAUUAGUAAAAUUGAGUAAUAAAAUAAAUUAUAGAAUUAUCAAGAAUCAAACUUAAUUAUAUAAUUUAAUAAUAUCUUUAAUUACGAUAACUUUUAUAUAAUAUAUUUAAGAUUUGUUGAAUUAAUUGCAAAAUUUAACAAAAGAAAUUUUUAACAAUUAAAUAAAAAUAUCUAGGAAAUAAAACAAAAACUUGCAUCAUUAAAAGAAGAGUAACAAAAAGAAAGAUUAAAAUUACUAAUAGAUUUGAAAUAAUAAGAAAAUUAGAUUAUUAUGUAAACUAUUACCAUUGAAUUAUUUUGGAGGGAAGUAAUUUAGGGCAAUAGUUCCUUUAAAAAUAAUCCAGUAACUACAGUAUGUAAUUUGAUUAAGAAAGGAGAGCCUUUUGAAUUUUUAAAUGGUGACGAUUUUAGCAUAGAUUUCAAUUUUUUCCAUGAAUUACGAGAGUAACUAUUAAAUAAUGAAAAUAAUAAAAUUUUAUUUUUGAGUAUUUUAGGCCCUUAAAGUUCAGGAAAGUCUACCUUGUUAAAUAGAAUUUUUGGAUGCCAUUUUUUAACUAGUAUGGGAAGAUGCACAAAAGGAUUAUAUAUAUAUAUGCUAAAAAUAUCUGAUAGAGAAUAAUUUGGUGGAUUAUUUGAUUAUAUUGUGUUAUUAGAUACAGAAGGAUUAUAAAAUCCUCAUUAAAAAGAUCCUGAAUUCGAUAAGAAAAUUUCUCUUUUAAUAAUUUCAAUAAGCGAUGUUCUUAUCUUUAAUGUUAAAGGCGAAAUUCAUUCAGCCUUUCAUAAUCUUAUUGAAUCAAGUUUUUACACUCUUGCAAAAUUUUCCAAUUCAAAAUUUCUUAAGAAAUUUGCUUGGUGUUUCAAUUAAAAUAGUUAGACUAAUGAUGAUGAAAAAGAUAAAUUAUUAAAGUAAAUUGAAAGUAUAGGAUAAAAACUAGACUCUGAAAACAUUAUGGUUGUUGAAGAAGGAAAGCAAAUGGAUUAUACUAAGUACUUAGAUAUAACAAAAGAAAAUGUAUAUAUACUAGGUAUGGCAACCAAUUCAUAAGAAUGGAAACCAUAUAACUUACAAAAAUAGAAUAAAUCUUAAAUCUCAGAAAUUAAAUAAGAAAUAAAUCAGUAAGAAUACUCAAAAAAUGCCUUAUCUUUUGGAGUAUAAAUAAUAAAAAAAUAUAUCGAUAAAUAUAAAUAAUCAAAAUAAAAUCAUCAUGAAAUUUUAACUUGGAAUGCAUUUGUUACAAAGGUUGAAUAAUAUUGGGAUAUAGUCUCAAAACUACCUGAUUUAGUUGAAUUUUCAGAUUUAAAAGAAUAGAAGGAUUAUGAAUAGAUAAAUAAAAGUGCUAAAAAUAAAAUAUCAAAGGCUAAUGAGAAGUUAUAGGAUUUUGAUAAUCUCAUUCUAGAAAUAUCAGCAAAAAGUAAAACUUAUAAUUCUUUAUCAGAUUUUGAUUUAUUACAAAAUGAAAUUAAAAAAAAUUUCCUAUUGUCAUGUGAUAAUUAAAAACUGGAGAUUUUAAAAGAAUUAUAAGGUGAGUGUUCAUAUCAAACUAUUUCAAAAGAGAUAAGAAAAAAAGUUGAAGGCAAUAUUGAAGAAGCGUAUUCUGCAAUCAGUUUAGAAGGAUCCUUGAUAAUUUUAUAAAAGAUACAUUAAUUAAGGAGAUUAUUUCAAUAUAAUCUUGUUCCUACCAAAAUUUAACAAGCUGUGACAGAAAGAUUAAAUGAUUCUAAAGAAUUACAAAAUUUAAAAGAAAAUUAAGAUCAACUAAAUUAAGAAUUUGAAUAACUUUGGAAUUAACUUGUUUAAAGCUCAAAUUAUGAGAUUGAAAACCUACAUGCAGAAUUUUAAAUAAAAUUAUUUGACUGCUUUUUGAAAUAUUAAACCUAAUUCUAUUGUAAAUAAGAUGAUUUAUAAGAUAUUAUAGAUUAUUUUAUAAAAAACAUAAACUAAUAAGAUCCUAAUGCUAAUAAAUAGAAAGAAAUAAAAGAAAUUUGUAAGAAAUUCAAUUAAGAUAUGAAAAAUAAUUCUUUUUAUCAUCUUAAUAAAUAGAGUAAGUAAGAAUAUCAAUUUAUCUUUGAUGAAGAAAUUUAAAAAAGACUUGAAAAUAUGCCAUAAAAUCCUAUUAUAAACCCAAUGGAUUAUUUAGAAGCGAUAACCGUUUAUUAUUGUUUAGAAAAAAAAGAAAUUGUACAUAGCAUAAAAAAUAAUUUAAAGUAAGAAUUAAUCUAAAUACUAAAAGAGGAAAAAGGUUAAAAAUAAAAAUAACAAGAUUUUUAAGAAUUAUUCACAUCUUUGAAAUAAUUACCUAUAUAAUUUGAUGAUAGAAUGGAAAGAGAUAUUCUAAAUUAAAUUAAUACAAAUUUUGAUACUUUCUAAAAAACUCUUCAAUCCAAUAACAUUUUGUAAAGGGUUCAGCCAUCUUAAGGUUAAUAUCAAAAAUCUUAACUUAAUCAAGUGUAAUCUAGAAGUACUUAAAAUAAUCCCUUAUCCAGCUCUCAACAAUAGGUAGAACCUAGCACAUCUAAUAUUGAUAAUCUAAUAAAUUCAAUAUAAAUAUCACAAUCGCCCUCCCAACAAAUAAUUAAAUCCAUUAAAUAUUACAUCCUGAAAAAAUUUCCUGAUUUACAAAAAUUUCAAUCUAUAAAUGAUAUCGAUAUAAAGCUAUAAGAUAAUUUAUUCGUCUUUAAUGUUCAAAAGUAAAUCAAUUAUAAAAAAAGUUAAAAACUUAAUUAUGAAAACUUUUUUGAUUAUGUUAUUAAUAAAAACACAAAUAAAUCCAAUUAACAAAAUUUUUACUAGAAAUUUCCAUCUUAAUUUUUAGAAAUUAUGAAUGAAAACUAAGGAUGGAAUAAAUUAUUCGAAAAUAUCUACGAGAUUAUACAUAAAUAAUUUGAGGAAUCGUUAUAUUCUAAAGAUAAUCAAAAAUAAGAUUAUUCUAAUGUCUUUUAAAUAAUUUCAAUGAAUGAAAAUGUGACUCAAUAUAAUAGAUAAUUAAUCUAAACAAUUAUUAAAAAAGUGGAAAAUAUUCUUGAAGCAACUUCUAAAUAAUUAGCCUUUUUCGGAGUUGAAUUUCAUCCAGUAAUUAUUCGUAAAUUGAUUUUUUUCUCAUUUUUUAUUAUAUGGAGAUUUAUUUGUUAUGAUAAAUUGAAAAUGUAUAAAUAAGAAUAAGACACAUUUAUGUAAAAAAAAGCUAUAAUGAAAAAUAAAUUUGUAAGUGGUCUAAUGAAAACAGAAUAAGAAGAAAUCAACUUAUUAGCAAAAGAAUAUCCAAAAUAGAUAUAUAAUUAAUGUAUUAUUUAGUUCUACAAAGAUAAUAAGAAUAAAGUAAGAGAUAUCAUUAAUUCUAAAUAAAAAACAUCUUCUUAGAUAAUUAAAUAGUUAGAUUAAUAAUUACUAAUAGAAAAGAUGGAUAAUAUAAUUUCUGGUUAAUAAAUUGAAAGCUCAAUAACUGAAUACCUUACAGAUUAAAGGGGAUUUAUUAAAAAAUAUGUUGAGCAAUUUAUAUAAAAUCUUUAGAAAAAUAUAGAAAAUUAGUUUUUAGUUUAAUUUUAUGUUGAAAAUUGCUUGAAUUUGAUUAAAAAUAAUGCAUCAAUCUUACUAAAUAAAGUUUUAUAGUUAUUUAAGAAUAAGGACUUUGAAAUUUAAGAAAAUUUUGAUAAAUACAUGAAUUAAACUCUACCAUUAGAUUCAAUUUUUAAUUUUAUUAGAGGUAAAGAUGUUGAGAAACUUUAAAAUUUUCAAUAUCAAUAGAUAUUAUUAGGAUACUAAUAUAAAAUAAGUUAAUAUCUCUAUAGAAUAAACUUCAAAUAAUGAUAUUUCACUAUUUUUAAUGCAGCCAUUCCUGAUAGAAUUUAUAUCUUAGAUUUCAAUUUUAUCUAAUGAAAGUAAAAAAUUAAAAACUUCCAUUGAUGAAUUUUAAUUAAAAUGGCUUUUUAAAGAAUUGGACAAUAAUUUGAAUGGUUGUGAGCAUUCAUGUCCAAUGUGCAAUAGAAAAUGUGAUUAUUUAUAUUAUUAAGAAAAGGAUCAUAAGCAUAAGUGCACCAAUGGACAUUAAUUAAGAGGUAUUAAUCAUUUAUAUCCAUAAAGGAAUGAAUAGAAUUUUAAUCAGAUCGUCUCCAUCUCUCUUCACUUGUGAGGAAAUAAAUGAUGAAGCAGAAAUCUAAAUAAAAGAAAAUCUUAAAUUUAAAACUUGGAGAGAAAUCAAAUAAAUUUAUAAUUCUUGGAGUUUCAAGGAUAUUUUAUCAAUACAAUAGGUCUAAGAAAAUAAAUAAAAAAUGAUUGAUAUUUGGAAUGGAGGAGUAGGUUAAUAAAUUUGCUAAUAAUUAUCAAAAGAAUUAUAAUAAGAAAUCAUCUAUUUAAAAAAACAUGAUCUUCCAAUGCAUUUGCAACAUAGCUCAACUCAUUAUAUUUUCAUACUCGAUGAUUCUGGAUCUAUGUAACAUCAUUGGACUUCAGUUAUCAAGUGUGUUAAAUCACAACUUGAACAAAUAAGUAAGAAAGAAAAUGUUAAAGUCAGUGUGGUUAUAUUUAAUAAAGAUGCAAGAAUUGUUGUAAAUUGUUAAACAGUAAAAUUUGAAGAAUAGCUAAAAUUACUUAUUUUUUAAAAUGGUCCUGAUACCAAAUUUGGGCCUCCAUUUAAGUUAACAUUAGAUCUUAUAAAAUAAAAUUCUGAAUUCAAUUAGUAUUUAUAUUUAUUUAUCUUUAAGAUCAGUCAUUCUUUUUUAUACUGAUGGACAAGCUGAAUAUCCAAAAUAAGAAAUUGAAUCGUUUGCCAAAUUAUCAAAAUCUAUAAAAGAUAAAAUUUACUUUUUAGCAUGUUCCUAACCUGAGAAAUCUUUAUCAUUAGAAAUGAUUCUUAAUUUUUGUCAAAAUGAAUUUACAUAUGCAGAAUGGAGGGAUAAAAUUUAACCAUCUAAUAUUGAUAUUAAUUGGACAGAAAUGAUAUCUAACACACAUCUGGAAAAAUAUAAAGCGUGA